CAAGUUAUAGCAAACAACCAGGAAAGUGUGUGUGUGUGUGUGUGUCUGGCGGGUUUAGUAUGAGUGGUUUGUUGUAAUGUGGUCUUCUGACUAGUGAAAUUAAAUUAUUCUCUUAUUUAAUCACAGCUGCAGCUCGUUUCUACUAUGAUAUUUGUAGCAAACACAUGCCAUUCUUUGAUAAAAGACAUCAGAAGUUCACUGGGCUGGAUCUUACUUUCAUCCUCUUUCUCCUCAGAGCCUGACAUAUAGUUAUCCCCCCCCCACUCAGCUCCUGCUUCAGGCGGCUCCUCCGGGCAUGCUCCUUAAGCCAAAGUAUGGCCGCUUUCGCAACGAGUCUGUGACCUCCUCCGACGACCUGAUGCAGAGCUUAGCCAUGAGCGGCAAAGUUGUGGCCACACCAGUGGUCCCAUCCUCCACCCCGAGUCUUCCUCUGCCUCCCCUGCCUCCUCUGGAUCCCAGUGCCAGAUCGUCCUCCUCUGCUGGGGCUGCAGCCCUGGCUGACUCUCCUUGCCUGGAUGGGGAACAGGAUGCCACCACUACCUUCUGCAUGCUCAUCCCUAAGAUGCCCCAGUGGAAGUUCUCCAACUCUCUGCUCAGCCGGAGCCCGUCCAACUCCAGCUCCAGCUCAAGCUCUAGCAAGGACUCGGGAAAGGCAGCAGCGGCUCCUUCCCAGGCCCCUGUCUCCCAUUCUUCAUCAUCACACAGGCCCAGUGGUGUGACCUCAGCCAGUGGUCCAGUGGCCAGUCUUGCGGCGGUGCUUAACUCCUGUGACCCUGUUUGUGUCACCCCAUGUUCUUUGCAGGCAUUUCGAGGGCAGAGAGCAGUUGCAGCGGCACACUCUUCUAGUCCAGGGGCUCACGGAUUUGGGGCCACAGAGGUCAUGGCGAGCCCUGGGGGUUCCAGCAGCUCCAGGUCAGGGAUGAGUCGCAGGACAAGGGUAGACGGCAUGUGGCUGGGGGGAGAGGACUUCAACCAGAAGGGUAGCUUCAUCCACAAACCCUCUCAAGGCUGGCUGCACCCUGACAAGAAGAUUGCAGGACCCGGAGCCUCUUAUAUUGUCAGGUACAUGGGCUGCAUCGAAGUACUGAAGUCAAUGCGCUCCCUGGAUUUCAAUACGCGGACUCAGGUGACAAGGGAAGCCAUCAACAGGCUGUGUGAAGCUGUGCCAGGCGGAAAGGGAGCUUGGAGGAAAAAGGCCCUGAACAAAGCUCUCCAGUCCGUAAUGGGGAAGAGUAAUCUACGAUUUGCAGGCAUGAGUAUUGCAGUCAAUAUUUCCAUAGAUGGCCUUGGUCUGCUUAUCCCUACCACGCGACAGGUGAUUGCACACCAUCCCAUGCAGUCUAUCUCAUUCGCCUCUGGGGGAGACACAGACACGCCUGAUUAUGUUGCUUAUGUGGCCAAAGACCCAGUGAAUCAGAGAGCGUGUCACAUCCUGGAGUGCUCAGACGGUUUAGCCCAGAGUGUCAUCAGUACCAUUGGCCAAGCCUUCGAGCUGCAGUUCAAACAGUAUCUACAUAGUCCUCCCAAAACCAUGGCAUCAGUGGAGAGGUCUGUUCGGACAGAAGAGCCGAUGUGGGGGGAAGACGAGGACUUCUCAGACCAUGAUUACUACAACAGCAUCCCAGGAAAGGAGCCUCCUAUUGGGGGGGUGGUGGAUUCCAGGCUCAGGCCCAGUGGAGCCCUGCUGGGUCACAUCCACACCCAACCACAGAGCAAGACAACAGCACAGAUGGGCUCACCGGCCAGGAGGGAGCAAACAUCUUAUCCCCCUGGACAGCUGUGUUAUGAACUUCACUGGGACACUGAGACGACUUGCAGCUCAGGUCUAACAUCAGAUGGUUAUCUGUGUGCUGAUGGCCAGCCACCAGGCAGCAGAGAUUAUGAGGAACAUCAUUAUGUUAAUACACAGAAUCUGGAAAACCUUGAUUCACGGGGGCCUGAAGGACAGCGAGGGGGCAGGGCACCCGACAGUCCCAAAAAGGACCUCUUUGACAUGAGGCCCUUUGAGGAUGCCCUGAAGCUCCACGAGGCCUGUGGCGGAGCUGUUGGGUCCAGUGUGUCUUCUGCAGCUGGAGGUGUACGGGUCCUGGAGGACCAGUGGCCCAGCCCUCCCCGCCGUCGAGCCCCUGUGGCCCCAAAUGAGGAGCAGCUCCGCAGGGAGACAUGGUACCACAGCCGUAUGAGCAGACGGGAUGCAGAGAGACUCCUGGUCCGGGAUGGAGAUUUUCUGGUCCGGGAGAGCACUACCAACCCAGGACAGUAUGUGCUAACAGGCAUGCACUGUGGCCUGCCCAAACAUCUUCUGCUGGUGGACCCAGAAGGAGUGGUCCGAACCAAAGACAUGUUAUUUGAGAGCAUAAGCCACCUUAUCUCAUACCACUUGAAGAACGAGCUGCCUAUUGUGGCAGCAGAAAGUGAGCUCCACCUCAAACAGGUGGUCAGGAGGAAACAGUGAGCCACCUGGCGCUGCAUGUGACGGUGAUUUCACGUGUUCCCAUGCAAAAACUGCAUACAGAAAUUAAUAUGGAAAUCAUUUAUCCUGGAUGGAUUCUUAUCUGGAACAAAGGAUACCACUGAUACUUUCUUUCCAUGGACAAUUCUACUAAGGAGAGUGAGGCAUCCUGUCCACCCAAUACUUUCUCUGCCCUUUGCCUACCAGGAUCAACCAAACCUCCCUCAUUUGUCAUAAACUCCUCAGCAUGCAGCUAUUAAGCUAACAGCCAACCAACAAACCAACCAGAAUCCACAGUUUGACUCAUUUCAGAGCCAGAAAAUUGUUAACCGAUGUCAAAAAUCGACGACUGUUUGAAGAGGACUCAACUUCUGAAAAAUCAAUUAAGGAUUUCUUGCACAGUGAAGUGAUGUCCUGCAAAGCCUGUAAAAGUGAAGUUCUUCCAGUAUACCAUGGUCGUCCACUGAACAAAAAAUGGAUAUUGCCAGAACAAAACUGUCACUUAUUAUCUGGAACAGAUAGUUUAAAAAAAAAGAAGAUGUCAGGUUAUUCAGUAGUUCAUUUCUGUGUAAAUACAAGAAAUGAAAAUACUGUGACUACAAGAGACAAUUGAAGAAAUGUCUGUUUCAGUGGAAAAUGUAAAGACUAUUUGUUGUUACAUGUUCACAGGUCUGCAGUACCUGACUCUGAGAAGGCACAAUGGAAACACACUGAACAUGAUCCAGUGAUGGAAACAGCCACACCUUUAUCUGCCUUUUUCUUUUUGUGUUUCUCCAUGAUAAUCAAGACACAAAAUACCACUUUUGAAAAAAAA